UAUGGUUGCGAGGCGGGGAAGAGCGUCCCUCCCUUCUCUCUAUGGUCGCGCCGGCACCACGGGGCCGACGGGAGGCUGGCGGACUAUGUACAUUUUUCCCUUAUUACCUCACGAGCAGGGAGGAGGCUGCCGGGAUAGCGGAGGACCUUCCCUCGGCCUCGCUCCAGUCCUCCAGCUCCCCGCGCUGCCCGGCGGCCCCGGGAAGCCCGGCUCCCGGCCCGGCCGCGGCGGGCCCUGCCCCCCCCCCCCCUCCGCUCCCCCCCGCCCGCCGGGCCCGCUUCUCUGGGGAGCCUCGUCCAGGCCCAUGGCUCCAUGAGGCGGGAGACGGAGGCGGCGGGGCAGCAGCGGCGGCGGCUGGGCUGAGGCGGAGGAGAAGCCGCGUCCGGCCCGGGACGGGUGCAGGAGGUGGGCGAGCCCGGGGGGUGUGGGGGGGAGGCGGGGGGAAGGCGCCGGUGUCCGCCCGCCCGGCGGCGGGGAAGGGGUUAAUGGCGGGUUGGGGGGGGAUCCCACUCCCUGGCGCCCCCUACUGGCGCCCGUUCUGCCCCACCGCCGGGGGGCGGCUGCGCCCUGCGGGGAGCGCGGCCGGGGCGGGCUCUGCCCGGGCCGGGCCGUGUCGUGCCGCCGGCGGGGCUGCUGCCGCCCCGAGAACCCUGCCGCAAAGUUUGUGUCCGAGCGCAAGAAGCUCGUCCCGCCUCGGGGCCGGGCGGCGCGGUGCUGCUCCGGCGCAGCGGGGCCGGUUCGGGAGCGGGGGAACCCCCCCGCCUGGCCGCGGGGGAGAGCAGCGGGGCGCUCCCGGCCGGUGCCGGGGCUCCGGGUCCGGUGGCGGAGCGGCGGGCUGGGCCCCUCUGCAGCCAGCACCGCUUCGAGCCGCCGCGCACCGGCAGCCCCGGGCAGGGCAAGGCGGGGGGGGGAAGGCGCAGGACGAGGGGCCGCGGAGCCUCCCGCGGUGCCCUUCGCUGGAGCCGGGCAGGGAGCGGUGCCGCCGCCUUUGUUAGGCCCCUUCUGCCUGCUGCAGGGGGUGAUAAAUGGAGCAGACCUCUCCUCUGCCCCCUGCCACGUCUCCGGUGUAAAAUGAAGAGCUAUAGCUUUAAAUAAACAGUUUUUCACCCUGGAUGUGGCUAAGCCUUCAGUGGUAACUUGAAAAGGCUCCUCUGUCCCAGCGGCUUCACUGAGACACAGCAGGGUUCUGCAGUGCUCCAGGCAGCAAGUUUUGAAGCAGGAUGGGAAAAAGACGCUGUGUUCCUCCACUUGAGCCCAAGCUGGCAGCUGGCUGUUGUGGGGUAAAGAAGCCCAAACUAUCUGGGACCGGAACGCACAGUCAUGGGAAUCAGGCCACAACUGUACCAGGCUCCAGUUCAGGUCCUCUUCAGAACCACCAGCACACAGACGGGAAUAAUGGAAGGGAGAACGUAUCUGACUUGACUUUGGGCCCAGGAAAUUCCCCAAUUACUCGAAUGAAUCCCACUUCAGGAGCUCUGAGCCCACUUACUCGGCCCAAUGGAACUGCCAACAGCACCAAGAACCUGGUGGUGACAGCAGAGAUGUGCUGCUACUGCUUUGAUGUACUCUACUGUCAUCUCUAUGGUUUCCCUCAGCCACGACUUCCUCGAUUUACCAAUGACCCCUAUCCACUCUUUGUGACGUGGAAGACGGGGCGAGACAAGCGGCUGCGUGGCUGCAUCGGGACCUUUUCAGCCAUGAAUCUUCACUCAGGACUCAGGGAAUACACAUUAACCAGUGCACUUAAGGACAGCCGAUUUCCACCCCUGACCCGCGAGGAGCUGCCCAAACUCUUCUGCUCUGUCUCCCUCCUCACUAACUUUGAGGAUGCCAGUGACUACCUGGACUGGGAGGUGAGAACAGGUGCAUUUGGAACUCUGCAUCAUUCUCGUUCCGUUCGGGUUCGGGUUGGGAUCCAUGGGAUCAGAAUAGAGUUCAUCAAUGAGAAAGGUGUCAAACGCACAGCCACGUAUUUACCUGAGGUUGCUAAGGAACAAGACUGGGAUCAGAUCCAGACCAUAGACUCCUUACUCAGGAAAGGUGGCUUUAAGGCUCCGAUUACCAAUGAUUUUAGGAAAACGAUUAAACUCACCAGGUACCGCAGUGAGAAGGUGACAAUCAGUUAUGCAGAAUACAUGGCUUCCCGUCAGCAUUGUUUCCAGAAUGGCACUCUUCAUGCCCCCCCCCUUUACAAUCAUUACUCCUGACACACGGCUGCAUGACCAGUCCCACUCCCCAGUUGCUGCCAACAGCUACGACAUCAUUGGGGCAGAUGCCUCCUCUUCCUGGUCCAGUUACUUCUAUUACUGCACCAUUUUAUGAUGCUAGCUUCCGUUGCCAAGUCUGCCUUCCAGCUGACCUGGGGGGAGGAUGAGAGCAUGACAGAACUUCAGGGGCCCAAGCCUUAUCUCAGCCUUCCCUCUGAACGAGGGUUCAGUUGGAUUGGGGCUCCAUGCCUAUGAACUGUCGUGAGGUGCAGAAGACCUCUAGGAGUGAAAGUGCCACUUCGGACUGAUCCGUUCUUGUGUAUUACCGACACUCUGGAAUCUUGAGUUGUUUGUUAUGGAAGCCCCCCAGAUCAAGUAGGAUCAUUCCCCUGGCAGUCUGGGCAACGGAGUCCAACAAAACAUUUUUUAGGUUCUUUUUAAUUUUUUUUAAUCUCUGGUAUCUGUUGUGUACCGAGAGCUGAUUGCAGUCCCCACACAUCACAGGCGGACAUUAUGAUACUGGGGAGGGUUGAACAUCUGGAUAGCACCCCAUCCUCACAGACAGAAAACACUUAAAGAUGUGAAAAGCCUUUGGAUGGUAUUGCAGAUGAAUCCGUUAUUUAAAUAAACCCUAGAAGGCUUGAAUUAUCAGAUCCCACUGUAAGAUGGAUUUCUAGAAAUCCUCUUGGUUUACGGUUUUCUGGGGUUUUUUAGACAGUGCUUUGUAAUGCAGCCUGCUAUGAAACAGAAUGCUGUUAGGCCUGUAAGAGAGCAGCAUGGCACAUGCUGUGUGUGCAAAGGACGAGGUACCUGAGUGUCCCUGGACAGUCUGCUCUGUUGCAACCAAGUUUUGUGCCCAAACAUUUGUUACAGAGCCUGAUUGGAUGAGGGAUGGGGAGGGAUUUGCAGGGCAUUGGCUGUAGUCAUACAAGUGAGACUAGUGACUGAAAUUUGUUUAACUUAAGCUAAAGUCUCGGGGACCUUCCUUUUGAUAGGACAGCCACUUUCUCUGGUGUGACUACUGAUCUUUGAGAACUGCGAGUAUUCCAGUUUAUAGCAGGCCUAUAGAGAGGAGCUGUGUAGUUUAAUUGGUAAGUUAUUAUCUUACACAGUUUUGUCAUUACCACAUUAAGGCAAUGAAUGGGGAAACCUGUAUUACCCAGACUGUGUGAUUCUCGUGUGCAUUCUGUAUUUCUUCUCCCAUCAUUGAUGAUUACAAGAAAUACUUUCUUCUAAGAGGAAGUGAAGUUAUCCAGUUGUUAUUCUGCAGCAUCAUUGAGGGAUGUCAUGAACUCAGUGAUGGAUGUCCAAAUGUAAUUUGUGGGGGCUCGUUCUGUUUUCCAAGUGUCUGUAUGGUCAACAAUGAUUGGGAAAGAAAAAACAAGUGCAUAGCAAGAGUAAUGGCUGUUUGGUUGCAUAUAUCUUUAAAGCUUUCGUGUGUGUGGUAAUGAUGGCUUUUAAAACUGACUGGUGUUUGAAGCCUGAAAUUCUCUCCUGGCAUGGCAGGGAAUAAGGCUGGUAGAAAGCUCAGAACUGCAUGCUGCUGCUCCUUCUGGUCCUAGAGAAGCAAACAGAAUUGUGCAGUUUUGCUUCAUGUUGGUGUAAUGUUCUCCUGCUGGAGGAGAGAGACGUGAGGGAAAGGAGGGGGUCCUAUUCUGGAUAAUGGUGCAAUAUUGACCCAGCUUUCCUCCUGUACUGGGUCAUUCUUAUAAAUUGCCACUUUUCCCUUGUGAUGUUGUUGAAAAGCAAUUGAAGAUGAAGGGAUUGUUUCAUCAUUUCCUGCUGCUGAGAAUAAAUCAGUCUUGUUACAAACUCGAGUGGUUUGUAAUUACUCUCCCAGGUGCCGUGUAGUGAUGGGCGAGGGUGGGUUCAGCUCUGGACAUGCCAUUCACCUUUCAGCUGUCAAACAGUAUGAUACAUAGGGCUACACUCAUUACUGUUCAAGUGUUCUAUGUUAGAAUUUAAUUUCUAAAAGGUUUAAAACAAAACAAGCAAAAAAAUGGUGCUAAAACUUCACCCCUGAGCACGCUCAGUGAGACUGGUCAUGCAGGCAUAUAGUGCCAGGCUUUUCAACAAUAUUGUUUCUUUUUCAAAUGUUUGCCCUGUUCUGUGUCUUCAACAGUGUAUAGUGUUUCCUGAUUUCAUUUUAUUUGAAUAGGGGAUAUCUAAAGGGCGGGGUGGGGAGGGUUAGCCGUCAUUUUUAAGAACAGAAUUUUAGGACCGAGUGACUUGGUUGGUUGAAGCCUGAAGUGGGCUAGAUGGUUUGGGACUGGGGAAGUGUUAUCCUCUCCCACUUCCAUUUCCCCACUCAGUCUGUUUAAGAAGAAAAAACAAAAACAAAAAUGCCUCUAAAUAUGUACUGUGUUCUUGUCUUGUUGCAGUGAGAAAAGAAGUUGGCAAAUCAGAAAAACUGGUCUGCUGCCUAAGAAACAGGCCCUCUCAGCUUUAGUCCCAUAAGGGUCCAGCUGUAAAAUCAUUUGAAAGGUGUGUCAAUAGUUAAGUUAGCUCAGAAAAAAAUGUAUGACAAGGACAGGUGGUCUCAGGAAAUAAUCCCAUUUCUAGAUCAUUACAUGGCAGCUAUGCACAAGGAUGAAAGAGGUGAACUAGAAACAAAACGUACUUUGAGUUGCCUUGAGAUGGAGGCAAGCAAAACCAAUGACCAGUUGAUGUAAGAACUUCUCCAUGCUUAUUUGGCUGGGACAGCAGGUUAGAAUGGCUCCUUCUCAAAGCAACUGUUACCUGGUUUGGUCUGGAUUUAACUCAUCCUUAGAAGCAAGUGCCUUUUGGUCUAGAAGGGCUUAUUCUCAUGACAACCACAACUGAGAAAUAAUCUCACUGCAAUUAUGAAUUGUCUUUGUUUUACAGUAACUACAGGAGAAUGUCUUUGAUCACUGGAGUCUGUCAGUGUUGGAAUGUUGCCACUGUGAGGUUCUUUAUUUUUUUCUUUUCCAUAAUGUUCAACAGUCAAUCUCAACUGAGGCCAUUUCAGUUUGGGAACGUUUUAUAGUCAAAAUAUCACAUAUCUACAAUUUAUCAGAAAAAAUCUGUAAGAAAAUCUAAGAGUUCAUUUUAACCUUUGCACAGAAUAAUUUGUUUUCAUAGUACAUUAACAAACAUCUGCAAUCUUCACUGACUAUUAGUGCUGUUUUCUGUUUGUAUUCUGGAAACUACAUGUUGUUUUGUUGGGGUUUUUUUGGUUAAUUUAUUUCCUUAAAGCAGGAGACCUCUUUUGACCUUCAGUGCAGAGAUGUCAGACCAAUUCUUUGUAUUACACUUGGUUGCCUCCUACCUAUAUAAUAACUUCUGAGUGUAAAUAAUUGAACUCUAUCCUCUAAUGAAGUAUUGUAGAGAAUAAAUCAUAAUGGAUAAAGACUA